AAUGGAUACCAAAAUGAUAGAGUGAUGAUUGCUGCUGCCAGUGAUGCUUUUUGGGCUGGGGGAUCAGCUUGCGGAAGAAAUUACAAAGUUGAAUGCAGAGGAGCAACCAACCAAGGUGACCCUAAUCCAUGUAGAGGACAGGAUUAUAUGGUUGUGAAAAUAGUUUAUUAUUGCCCAUCUGGUUGUCAAGGCACCAUUGAUUUAUCCCAAGAAGCUUUUGCUGUCAUAGCCAAUCCUGAUGCCGAUAAAACUGAAAUAUCCUUCCAUCAGCUUUGAAGUAUUGCCUACAGGAAUAUGACAUCUACCUUGUGGAUAUGCAUCGAACUAUGGGAUUUCUACUAUAGUCAAGCAAAUUGAUUCAGCUUUGAAUCAUAUCUAUCACCAAUGAGUGCCUUUAUAAAUAAUAAAAUUAUAAGUUAAUCUAUGAUAAAAUUGCACUUUACCCCUCAA